AACCCAUAGAGCGGAGCCGUCACGCACGUCGGGGUCCGCACGUACGCGAUAUCUUUUGCCCCGCGUUAUCCGACUAUCCUUGCCUUCUGCAGAGUGCAGACAGAGGGAGUGUGUGCGGGGAAGGAAAGGAAGAGAUGGCGUCCAUCAACACUCUAACGAGCCACGUUUGUCACUUGAAGCACCUCGAUCGGAAGCAGAACCCUAUCUCUUCCUCUUGCUCCUCCUCUUGUAAUGGAUUAAUAAACAGGAGCACAAGUAAUGUACGUCAGCUAUCGCAGUCCUGCAAGAGAGCCCCACAUCCACAUACAAGAAGACCUUUGAAGAUAUACAGCCUGUUUGGAGGGAAAAAGGACGAUAAUGAAAAUAAUGAUGAAACCGCCAAGAAGGCAGGUUUAUUCGGGAACAUGCAAGGUCUGUAUGAGACAGUAAAGAAGGCUCAGAUGGUAGUCCAGGUUGAGGCAGUACGUGUCCAAAAGGAACUUGCUGCGGCAGAAUUUGAUGGUUAUUGUGAAGGUGAGCUCAUUAAGGUCACACUUUCAGGAAACCAACAACCUGUUCGUACAGAAAUUACUGAGGCUGCAAUGGAGUUGGGACCAGAGAAGCUUUCUCUUUUGGUCACUGAAGCCUACAAAGAUGCACAUCAGAAGAGUGUACAGGCUAUGAAGGAGAGAAUGAGCAAUCUUGCCCAGAGCCUAGGGAUGCCACCAGGGCUUAGUGAGGGACUUAAAUGAUCAGAUUAGAUUGACCUGCUGGUGAUGAGAGUUUCAGUUUUGUAAGCAAGCAAGCCAAAUUGGUCUGGCCCUCUAUGUCAAUUCAGUUGGUUAUUUUCGAAGCAUGUGCAUUCUUAAGUUUCAAAAGGUGAUAGAAUUGUUGCAUGGAUGUAUUUGUCGGUGCUGUAUUAUUUACUUGUGGCCAAAAUAACGGUAUCAUGAAAAGUAAGGAUGCAGGGUUAUAAAUUUUGGCA